AUGGCUCGAAGCAGAGUGCGCAAGUCAGAUAUCUUGUGCCAUUUGGUGAGAAGUUUUUCAUUCCCACUAUACCAGGAGUCCGUGGUUCUGCUUGAAAAAUACUUGCGUGAUAUCAUCUACAUUCAUCACGUUGUCCUUAGCGGUCCACUGCGUACAAUGGUCGAUAACAUCUACAAUGACAUUGAGCAUCAAGCGCCUGUAAGUCCUGGCCAGGUGGCACUUCUUUUUAGCAUCCUGUCGAGUGCGAUGUAUACAUGGACUCGGACAGAUUCAGCCAAUGCACCCUUUGCGGACCCCUCGAAGGUUAAUGCAACAUCUUCCCUAUGGGUGAAGGGAACUCUCGACUUGCUAGAUCACUGUCGUCGCAUAUCCCUUCAAUCCAUCGAAGCCAUCCAGGCAAUGAUCAUCAUAUCCUUUGUCAUCGCUAAUCUGGAAGGUAUCAGUGCUCGAUUCCGUGACCUGUUGUCAACAGCCAUAACAGCAGCGCGAGAACUCUCGUUGCACAAAGUCGACCAUCAACCAGAGAUAGACGGAAAAGAGGAAACACUUGCUGACUCUGUUGACUCUGAAAUGAAGCGCAGAGUAUGGUGGUAUCUGGUUGCUACGGAUUGGUAUGUAUCAUCGCCCACCGUUGCUCUCGCCGAAGCCGUUACUGAGUGGCACAGGAUGGCAUCACAAUUCCCUGGUCCUCAUAGAGGCACCUACAGCAUUAACCCGUUACAUAUGGUGGUCAAAAAGCCUCGUAAUGUUGACGAUGAAAAUCUUAUGGCUGGUUCCCCCAUCAUUGACCGACCCAGGGAGCAACCUACCGAGAUCGCAUAUAGCCUUCAGCGUAUCAAGCUGGCAGAGAUAUGUCGGGAAGUCAUAGACUCAUCUUCCAUGACCACAUUUAAUGACGGCGAUAUGGAGCCUGGGCGGCUUUUGGGGGUGGACAAGAGGAUUGUUACAUUCAUCGUACAAUUACCACAGUUCUUCCGCCUGGAUGGAGAUGCUCUCGACGGCCUCAUUGCCAAGUACCCGAACAUUGCUCCCGGAAUCAUGAUUCAGCGGUACAUCAUCAAUUCCUUGGUUCACUCACAACGGUGCCGACUACAUCUCCCGUACUUAGCCCGCGGCUUGGUCGAUCCGACGUAUGCCCCCUCAAGAGAGGCUUGCCUGGAAGCAGCUCGGCGUGUCAUACAGGCAGAAAGAAUGCUGGCAAGCGAGGAUAUCCCGUUUGUGCUUACGAGGCUGAAGUUCUCCGGAAUCUUGCAGUGUGUUGGUAUCGCGAUUAUAGCCCUCUUUCUGGACAUGUGUCUUUCUCAGGAACCUGGACCUCGGCAAGCGCGCCGGGCGGAAGUAGUCGAUGCAUGUAGCAUUCUGAAGGACGCCACAAAAGACUCUCCCGUUGCCAUCAGGCUUCUUGAAUCGUUCCAGCGAGUUGUGCGAAAGCAUGAUAUGUCGGUCAGCGAGGUCAUUUCUGAGUCCCUCUGUGCCGACAGCAGCUCAUCCAGCCUGACCGAGAUCAUUGCCGACGAACCGGACAGCAUACCAGCUCUUCCCCACCUGGAUGAGGUUUGGCAGAUUUCGCAAACAGACGCGAACAUCCAAGCAUUCGAUUGGGAUGCCUUGUUCCUUGAACUUGAUUGUCCGAUGUUGUCGAGCUAG